CAGUAAAUACUGAAACCAUCAACUGUAAAGUGGCGAGUCAACCGCCAGAAGAAGAGUUACACCAACACCAUCUCCUACACCCAGAUACAGGGAGGUUUGUAGUACAACACUGGCGGAAUAACGUUAACAGGCAUCCGCUUCUUCUCGGUGAAGGGCACAGGGUUUUAAUAGGGCGAAGUUGCGGUGCAGAUUAAAAAUGGCUUCUUGGGCGAAAUCUUCCGCGGCUUCCCGACGGCCGACAGCCAACCCGAACCCCAACGGAAGUGCUCAACAGUUGCGUCUGUUCCGGAGAGCAGCGCCAUACCCGAGCAGAGAAGACCGGACCGAGGAGCUCAAGGAUGUCCUGGACAGUUAUGAAGAACUAGAGCAAAUACAAAACUACAGUGGAAGUGUGAAGUACGAGGGGUACAAGCAUCCGCCAAAUGCCAAGCCAGACGGCUGCACACCAGCUGACAGACGUAAAGCUCUGUAUCAGAAGUUCUACAGGCAGGUGCAGGAGGAGAGGAGGCCGGCCGACUGCGUGGUCCUCUCUGUCACCAACCAGUGCCUGGAUUACCCCAAAUCGCUAAGCCUGUGCUUGCAGGAGCGUGGCCUGUCAGUGGAAAUGCUCUACCUUCAGGCGGAAUCGGGCCUGACCCGAGCUCUGCAGGACGUCCGAGCCGACGGCUCCCCGUUAUGUAUUCUGGUGGAGCAGACAAACGUAGUUCUGUCCUCCUGCACUGUUAUCAUAUUCUCAGAAUCCCUCAAAAUCCAUCGCAACAUGCCCAAAGACCAGGCCAUGGACUUUGUGACAGCAGAGUACGGCCGCAGGCGCGUCAAGGAACGCUCGCCGAAGGACCCGGCGGACAGUGCGGCGCAGGCGUCGCAGCUGCUGGAUGACUUCCUGGAACGGGAGAAGAUCGAGCGCCACGCGAUCCCCUCCGAGACCCGGCAGCUCCUCCUCCUGUUGGCGGACGGCGUGCAUCUCUACCCCGAGGAGCUGGAGAGCCUCUCUGAGUACGUGCGCUCGCGGCAGGAGCACACGCAAGCAUCCAACACCGAGGGGCAGAGAGGGAACAUGUUGCCUCCGGGGCUGGGGAAGCCGCCUCCUCUGCUGCCCACGCCGCCCGGGCCACCUCAGCCCCAGUCUGCGGCCGAAGCAGGCGGGUCCUUGAUGGACCACCCCCUGACACCGGCUCCCCUCUUGCCCUCACCAGGAUCUUAUCCCAAAACCAAACCUCCUCCUCUAUUGUCCCUGCAUCGCCCCCCUGGUCUGUCUUUGGGGGCUUCUUCGUCUCGAGGCCCACAGUCUGCACACAACCCCUACGGGGUCCCUUCUUUGUCUCGUGGGCCUUUACUCCAUCACCCUCCUCUAUACCAUCCAGGCCCCAGGGGCCCUCUCCUUAAUAGAGUACCCCCGCCUUCUUUAAAGGGUUCCCGCCCUCCACUUCUUGCUUCUCCAGGUGCCCUUCUCCCAAGACCAGGUGGCCCCCGACACUAAAAAUAGCAGACACACACACACCUACACGUACUAAUACAGUUGCCGGAGGUGUUUUGGACAUUUCGGCUAGGUCAAGAACAGAAGACCCCUGGAGCCUGCAUCGUUCAAUUUUUUUGAUAAAAUAGAUGGUAGUUAAUGUGAAAUAAUCUUUGUGGCGGAUUGGUAACGGAGGACAUGGAGUAUUCCCAUCUCUCUAUUGUUAUUGCUCUUUUUCUGUAUAAUGGACUACUUUUCACACAGUCAUCCCAUAAACAAGAAAAUAAAGUAAACAUGUUCCCCUGUG